CCUGACAUCAUUCUGAGUGUGGCGGAAGUAGUUCAACGAUGAAGAGGCUAAACUUGAUACGCCUAAAUAGUGUAUGAGUCUGUAUCAAAGUGAGAAAUGGUAUUAAACCUCAAAUAGUUGGAUUUAAAACCGUGAAGGUGUUACGCACCAUUCUGACUGUAGUUGAUAGUUAAUCGCUGCUUUGUUAAUGUUCAGGAGGAUGUCUCUCAUUUGGGCUCAGAAUUGUACACUGUUCUUCCUGAGAGAAAUGGCAAGGGAAAAAGGCUCACAACCAAGCCUGGAACAAAAGUGCUGUCCUGCUCUCUGUUAUCUGCCUAUCUGGGAACUGCCCCUGGUCUGAGGUGUUUCUGAGAAGAAUGGUGACCUUGCUAUAAGGGCAAGUUCUGUUUUUCAGCAUCACAGCUGCCAGAAUUAUCUGAUCAUUUGAAAGGUAUAGAAUGGGAAACAGUGCAUUGAAGGCACAUCUGGAAACUGCCCAGAAAACUGGUGUGUUCCAAUUUACUGAAAAGGGACUGAUUGAGUUUCCAGAAGAUCUACAGAAACUGGCAAGCAACUUACGAACAGUCGAUGUGUCAGAGAAUAAAAUUGAAACAUUACCACCCCUGAUUGGCAAGUUCCUGAUAUUGAAGAGCUUGAGUCUAAACAACAAUAAACUAACCUCACUUCCUGAGGAAUUGGGCAAGCUAAAGAAAUUAGAGGUCUUGCAUGUUAAUGGGAACCGCUUAACUCGACUGCCUCAAGCUGUUGGGCAGCUGUCGGCACUGAAGACUCUGAGCUUGUCUGGCAACCAGCUACGGGAGUAUCCUGCUCAGCUAAGCAACCUACGACAUCUUGAUGUCCUGGACCUUUCCAGAAAUAAAAUCCAAACUGUGCCAGAUGAGAUAUGCCAGCUACAGGCCAUCGAACUGAACCUCAACCAAAAUCAGAUUUCACAGAUCUCUACAAAGAUUGCACAGUGCCCACGACUGAAGGUUCUGCGGCUGGAAGAAAACUGUCUUGAGCUCUCCAAGAUACCAGUGUGCAUUUUGAGUGAGUCUCAGGUGUCACUACUUGCAGUUGAAGGGAAUCUGUUUGAAAUGAAAUCCAUCCGUGACCUAGAAGGCUAUGACAAGAUGCCUGCAAUUGGAGAUGGUGAAUCCACAGAUGCAAGCAGAUCAAGAAAUGACUGAACCAUGUGCCUACACUGAGCGCUUUACAGCAACCAAGAAAAAAUUUUCAUGAAGAAAGUUAACUGGACAUCAUACCACAAAGGUUAGAUGGCCUCACAUUUCCUAGAAGGGAGCAGUAGGUCACCUAAAUUAUUAAGGCUGUUAUUUGGCUGUCUAAUCUUGAUUUGGAUGGAAUACUAACAUAAAAUGUCCAAAAGAGAUAUGAGGAUUCACAGUACUUGCAGUCUUCAAAACAGAUGAAAGUGAGAUGCCUCUUUUGUCAGCUGCAGUGCAAACACAAGGAGUUUAUUUAUUUAACAUUUGUUUACUGGGAAAGUCCGACUUGGAACAAAGCUAGUUUUCAGCGGAAGCCCAGUGAGAAACACUCCAGUUCUGCUUAGGUUUUAAAGAAAGAUGGUAAACACUACAACAUGCACACAAGAAUACUGAGUUGACUCACUUCAUGAGGAUGGAAGUAUUGUUACUAGAUUUAUGUAUGACAAGAGUUUAGCUAUUAAGUGUAUAUUAUAAAGAAAGUAUACAGCAGCAGUAGCUUGGUUAAUUUUUAAUAUAUUCAACUAGAAUUGCUUUCUUUUGACCAGAAUACACACAAGAAAAGCACUUCAUGUUAUGUUGCUUAUUCAGAAGUAAAUGCAUCUGUACUUAUGUUGCAUGGAAUCGGGUAUGUUAACAGUUUUCCAAAAAAUAAAUAAAUAUUCAGUGUUUCUGCUAAA